UCCUUUGGUUUUGGGAUCUGCUUUUUUUUAGACUCUUGAUGUAUUUUGUUUGAGUUCUAUUAAGAGUAUUUGGCUUCUGUUACCUGGAUCCAUCAUCUUUAGUCUUCAAAAUAUCUGCCAACCAAAGACAAUGGUGCACUGUGCUGGAUGCGAGAGGCCCAUACUGGACCGCUUUUUGUUGAAUGUACUGGACAGGGCUUGGCAUGUGAAGUGUGUUCAAUGCUGUGAAUGUAAAUGCAACUUAACAGAGAAAUGCUUCUCCAGGGAAGGCAAGCUUUACUGUAAAAAUGACUUCUUCAGGCGUUUUGGUACCAAGUGUGCAGGCUGUGCCCAGGGGAUCUCCCCCAGCGACUUGGUCAGGAGGGCAAGAAGCAAAGUAUUCCAUUUGAACUGUUUUACAUGUAUGAUGUGCAACAAACAGCUCUCCACUGGAGAGGAACUCUAUAUCAUUGACGAGAACAAGUUCGUCUGCAAAGAAGAUUACUUAAAUAACAACAGCCCUGCCAAAGAAAACAGUCUUCUUUCAGUAACAGGCAGUGACCCCAGUUUAUCUCCUGACUCUCAAGACCCUUGUCAAGACGACGCAAAGGACUCUGAAAGUGCUAACAUCUCAGAUAAAGAGGCUGGGAUUAAUGAAAAUGAUGACCAGAACCUGGGAGCAAAGAGAAGAGGACCCCGAACCACUAUCAAAGCCAAACAGCUGGAGACUCUGAAAGCUGCAUUUGCAGCUACGCCUAAACCAACCAGACACAUUAGGGAACAGCUGGCACAGGAGACUGGCCUCAACAUGCGAGUUAUACAGGUAUGGUUCCAAAAUCGACGCUCCAAAGAAAGAAGAAUGAAGCAGCUCAGUGCCCUGGGUGCCCGUAGGCAUGCAUUCUUCAGAAGCCCACGCAGGAUGAGGCCCCUUGUGGACAGGCUAGAGCCCGGAGAGCUUAUCCCCAACGGACCGUUCUCAUUCUAUGGAGAUUACCAGAGUGAAUAUUAUGGUCCGGGAAGCAACUACGACUUUUUCCCACAAGGUCCUCCAUCGUCCCAAGCCCAAACUCCUGUAGAUCUUCCAUUUGUACCUUCUUCAGGACCAGCAGGAACACCACUUGGUGCAAUGGACCACCCAUUACCAGGACAUCAUCCUUCUAGUGAUGGUCAGCGUUUUAGUGACAUCAUGUCCCACCCACCAGGAGACUCUCCAAGUCCAGAGCCCAACUUACCAGGCUCCAUGCACUCCAUGUCUGCAGAAGUGUUUGGCCAAAGCCCCCCCUUCUCAUCAUUAUCAGUAAAUGGGGGUGGAACAUACGGCAAUCAUUUGUCACAUCCGCCAGAAAUGAACGAAACAGCCGUUUGGUAGUUAUGUUUGUCUUUUAUUUUUGUAAUUUUUAUUUGAAAACAGCAUAAUAAAUAGACUGGGAAGUAGUAUUCUACCAUCAAUAGGUAUUUCUUGAUAACUUAUGCUGUACAGGACUAGGUCAUUUAAAUUUUAUUGCUCCUUCAAUACACUGGACAAUUUGGAUCAGACUUAGACUCCUUGAGGAGAGUCCACCAAAAAAGGUCCAAAGGAAAUAUGAAAAAAAACAAACACAAGACUCAAAAUCAAAAUUGGUGAUGCUCUACAAAAACCCUGCCACCCUACAGGAGAUGGUCAAUAUAGGUGGUACUCAAAUACUUUUUUCUGCUUUCACAGUACAAGAAAUAUUCUGCAAGAAUGAUGCAGAAUACAUUCAUUCAAGGAACAUUCCUUCAUUUUAAGUCUGUUUGCCAAUCACGUGAUGCUCAGAUUUUGAAAGGAAGAAAACUGUCUAUGCUUAAAAGAAUUCCACCUGCAAUCUAGGUGGGACAAACUUGUAUUUGCCAAAAUAACAAAAUACAACAAUUUAAUGCCCUCAGCAUCAACUACUCUACCUUCACAAAGCUAAUCACAAAUAAUAAAACAACAACAAAAAGAAUCCUCAUGAUGAAGGUCUGCUGAUAGGCCUGCAACCAGACUUGAAACAGAUUCUACCUUCAUUGAUAGGGAACCUAAAAGACUAUAGAACUUAAAGCAGUCAACUGUUUACGUAUGACAUUAAAUUCAGGAGCCUAAUGUUUUAGUAAUAAUCCUGUUUUAGAAACCUCUUUGUUCAAAGCAAAUAUUUUGAACAAUCAACCAAAUGAUUCAUUCUUAGUUUUGUUUUCUGUGGCUGUAUUGGGACUGAUUGCAAGGCUUUUUUUUUUGGUACACUGUGCUAGUUUGUUUAGAUAUUGUUUACAGAAGGCAUUAAAAUGAGCAUUGAGUGAGGUGCCAAAUAAAAUAAAUAAAUAGCACAAAAAUACUGUAAGGUGCAUUUAGCACCAGUCACCAUUAAAAAAAAGUGUUUAAAAUGUGUGAAGCAGAUUUUAAAAAAAAGUUUGCUAUACUUUUUAGUCCUGUUGAACACUCAUUGACUUGUUAAUGACUUAUAUAGACCCACACAGGUUUUAUUUUUGUGUCCUUAAAGAGAAGUCCAAAAUAUUUAAAUUUUAUGGUCAAAUAUGCAGCCCAGAGCUGCUUUUGUUUCUUUAUAUAUUAAAUUUCUCAUACGUCUUUUAUUGUUAUAAUAAAAUCUAAGCUUGUGUGACCUCCAGUGCAUACUAGACCAUUCACUGUAUGAAAGGGAAAAAAAACUUGUUGAUAAAUUGUGAAUUUUUAAUAAAAAUAGAACAUCUGAUGUUUACAUAA